AUGCGAAGUCUGCUAACGAAGUUUGCCGCACACAGCAACAAUCGAGCGUUGUCGGGCACAUCUCUAGCCACCAAUGUCCCAGAUCAGGCUUUAAAGACACCCCCGCCGCCACCAAUCAGUCUACCUCGGAGAGACAAAGGACCCCCUAGAUCCAACAGCACGGGCAUUUCUCUUAAUAGUAAUUCCUCUCUGAAAGCAGAUGCAGUCCUUCAUGAACGAGAAAGUUCAAGUAUUAGACAGCGGGCAUUUACUCUCGGUACACUUCCAAAUUUACCUGCUCAGGCAAUAACCAGAAUCUACAAGCUCGAUGAGCGCGUCUCUGACUCGCUUGAAAAGGACCCUGUGAGGGCACAUUCUGGGCUUCCUCCACGAAAAGCUUCAUUUGAUAUAAGUGAUGUGAAGACAGAACAUUCCUUUCUAGGCCACACCGCAUCGAAUACCGAGAUAGAAGAUGGCUCUUCGGAUUCGGACAGACAUACCAUGCCUUCUCCAGUUUUCUCUGCGCCUCCUAUCACGGGUCUUGUGUCUGUCUCUAGACCUCUGCGAACUCAAUCUGCACUUGCUGUUCUUCCUCUCAAUAAGCCCUUGGAUCACGCAAAGCGAGCAUCCUCUAGAUCAUCGAAUGAGCUUAUACAAGACUCUACACAGAACGUUACCAUUAGCGAUCAUAAAUCAAACGCACCUGCAGAAAGCCCCGGAUCUGCACGGGAACCUGCACAAGAAGAGAAAACUGUGUAUCCAGUUUUUCAUAAUAUGACACCUCGUGACCAGGUGGCCAUCAGAAAGCAAUUAACUGCUGCUAUAUCGCGCAGCUCUAUUUUCGACUCUGCUGCCAAUCUGUUUAUUACCACGUAUAAACAAGCCAACGGAAAAGAAUAUAGAAUAUACACAAAAGAAGCCUGGCCAGCUCUAAACGCUGCUCAGCAACGAAAGCCUCGUGCAACAACCCGGUCGGCACUCUGGCUGCAUAAGCUGAUUUCUGCAAUCACGUCAGAUAGGUAUAAGGAGCUAUUUCUGGGUGCAAAUAAGAAAGAAGAUUGCUCUAUUUCAGACGACUUUAACUGUUUUCUGUUUCGGUAUAUGAAGAAGAAAUACUGCACGUCUAGCGAGAUGAAAAAGGCUACAAAGGAAUUGAUGGAGAGUCUUACUCAGCAUAGAGAGGCAAUAUAUUCCCAAAUAUUUAUUAUUCUAUUAAGACCUUUAAACCACAUGGCAAUCGAGGCCCUACUAAUACUGGUGUACUUGCAAUAUAUUGAUAAGGAUGUCAACUUUUCUAUACACAGCGCGCAGACAUACAACACUGUGAUAGGAAAGUUACGGCAGCUUGACAUUUCAAUAGCACUUAGGGAUUUCUUCAUCAAUCAAUUAAAGCAGUUUCAACGCGAAUUUAAGAAUGAUACAGUAACAGACUUUGUACAGUUCCUAGUUAGUAUGGAUGCAGAACUUGAUAUAGUAGUCUCCGGACAGAAGCGACUUACACCUUUGGAUGUUCGUAAAAAUGAGGAGCGAAUAAAUAAGCCGUCUACUAUAUUGCAAUUAGCGGAUAGGCAUUACCAGGAAUCUCUAAUUGCAACAACAGAGGCAAACCAUACACCUACCUUUACAUCUGCACCUCCAUCCAUUCUGACUGCCUGGGCGUCACCUGAGGGACAGCUCUCACCGCUAUCAACUGCUCCCUCUCCUCUCCCACCCCUUCACCACUCCAACGUCAUUAAUGAGGUAGGCCAUGCUGCCAUCACUCCGUCUCUUCAAUCACCGACCAUGGCACUAACCGUUCCUAUGGAGUCACCCAAGCUUGUCUCUCCCACAACAGGGUCCAUGCGUAAAAUAGCAUCAGCAUCAGUCAUUAGAGAGUGCACUGCCUGCAGCCCCCUGAGACGCAGGUCGUCCAUGCAUAGCGAGCUGCGGACGCCCCAGGGACUAGACAUCCUCAUUCACGGGGCGCAGCGGUUCGAGCGUCAAAUAGCUGACGAUUCCCACUUCGAGUUUACAGAGAAAGAUAGAAAAGUGCGGUUUGACACCACCAUCAGAGGGAUCAAAUAUACCUGCGGAAAGGGUGAGCGCGGAUUCCACAGAAAUGUGCUAGGCAAUGAUUCCAGAGUUGAAUCUACUGAUCUCUUAAGUUUCUUCGAGAUACUGAAGCUCGGUUAG